GUGAAUUCGGGUUCUUCUGGCCGUGUACGACGCCAUGAUCGCUUGAUGCCUCAACUUGUGUUUCCCCAUGAGUUGGACUUUGACAGCCCUGUGGAAGAAAUGCCGGCGCCGGCUUCCAUCAACUUGUCCUUGAAUGAUGCGGCUGCCAUGAAUGGCAAUGAGGAUUCUUUGGCCCCACUUUCGAAGGAUGAUUCUGGUGAGCCGAUGGAUGAUUCCGCCAACAAUUCCAAGAACAACAAUGAAUCCCAGGAGCCUGCCUCGGAUGAAAUGCAAGGACGACGCAUUACACAAGACAUGACGGAUGAGGAGAAGAACGCGAUUAUGGAAUACCGGAUGGAACGUAAAAGGAAACAUUCCCGGGAAUGGCACGCUAAGUUUACUGCCAAGGGCGUUUUGCGGGGCAAGGAGGAUGACGUGGUGGAUGACCAAGAUCCU